AUGGACGAAGGAUCCACUGAGGAGAUUCUCUUCAAAGACCAGGACUUCUCCUCUGAACUGUUGAGGCAGCUGAAUGCUCUGCGGCAGAGCAGGAUGCUGACUGAUGUUACCCUCUGCUCUGGGGGCUUUGAAAUCCCCUGCCACCGAAACGUGCUGGCUUCCAGCAGUCCAUACUUCAAGGCGAUGUUCUGUAACAACUUCAGAGAGAGUCGCCAGGCUAAAGUCAUCCUGAAGGGCAUCAACGCCGAGAUUUUGGAUCAGAUCAUCCUUUACAUUUACACAGGGGAGAUUCUUAUAUCCGCUGAGAAUGUCCUGUGCCUGUUGGAGACAGCCUCCAUGCUGCAGUAUGCUAAGCUGUUCGAGGCCUGCUCUGCCUACCUGCAGGACAAGCUGACUCCUGACAACUGUCUGAGCAUGUUCAGACUAGCAAAAGUCUUGAACUGCCAAAGUCUGACUAAGAAAGCCAAGGCUAUGGCCUUGAAAUGCUUUCCUGAGGUGGCCUCCUCUGACGACCUGAAGGAGCUUUGUCCAUUGGAGCUCAUUGAUUACCUUGGGGAUGAUGAGCUCUGCGGAGAGGAGGAGCAGGUCUUUGAGACACUGAUGGUCUGGAUCCGGCAUGACCUCCAGGCAAGACAAGGCUACAUCCAAGAGUUGUUCAAGAAGGUCCGGCUUCAGUACGUCCAUCCAACUUUUUUCUUCCACUUCAUUGCCAAUGACUCCCUUGUUCAGUCCUCACCCACUUGCAGGAGCAUCCUUGAGUCAGCUUGGAGACAUAUGUUUUCCUUGUACAGCACCAACGCACCGGACAUCAAGCCCAUGCUGCAUGUCCCUCGCAGGUACUCCAACCAAGAGUUCCUCAUCAUCAUUGGUGGCAGGAAGGACAGCCAGCAGACAACAAGGGAAGUCCUGCUCUAUGAUGACAAGACAAGCCAAUGGCUAAGCCUGGCCAAACUUCCCAUGCGCCUGUACAAAGCCUCUGCAGUGAGCUUGCACAGCAAUAUUUAUGUGCUUGGAGGGAUGCCUGUUAACAAUAAGAAAAGCCCGGUCAGUGGUAAUAUUUACAUUUACUCCCUCAAACUCAACCAGUGGAGGUUGGUUGAGCACAUGUUAGUUCCACGUUACUCCCACAGAAGCUUGGCUUAUAAAAAUUACAUUUUAUCAUUUGGUGGAAUUGGCGAAAACCAGGAAAUCCUGAAUUAUGUGGAAAGAUACGACAGCGUCUACAACACCAGUGAGAGCAUGGCAAACAUGCCUGUUGCUGUCCUUCACCCUGCUGUUGCUGCCAAAGAUCAGAGGGUCUACCUCUUUGGGGGAGAAGACAUUAUGCAAAACCCUGUCCGGCUGAUCCAGGUUUAUCAUGUCUCCAGGAAUACGUGGUUUCGGAUGGAAACCAGAGUGGUGAAGAAUGUCUGUGCACCAGCUGUCAUGAUUGGAGACAAGAUUAUCAUCGUAGGUGGAUACACCCGGAGAAUAAUUGCUUAUGACACAAAAGGCAACAAGUUUGUUAAAUGUGCAGACAUGAAGGACAGACGAAUGCACCAUGGGGCCACUGUCAUCAAGAACAAGCUGUAUGUCACAGGAGGACGAUGUCUCACUGCGGACAAUGUCAUCGAGGACUUGGAUUCCUUGGACUGCUAUGAUCCAGAGACUGACACAUGGACACCAAAGGGAAAACUGCCGCACAAACUCUUUGACCAUGGGUGCCUUACACUCCAGUGUGUCCCCCGUUCUAACCUUCUCUAA